CCGAGGCCAGCCUCACCCGCCCGCCCCUUCGCCUGCACCGCGGCCGCUCGGGCUCUGGCGGGCUGCUCCUUCGCGGUUCGGCUCCCCGCCGCCCGCAGCAGCCGCUCAAUCUACCUGCCGCAGCGCUGCCGGGCACUCUACGCUGCACGUGAGCGCGCCCGCCGAAAAGGGCCGCCGCCGCCGAUACUUUCUCUGCUGUGAGAAUGUAAAAUGGAUCCAGAAGAGCAGGAGCUAUUAAAUGAUUACAGAUACAGAAAUUACUCUUCAGUGAUUGAAAAGGCCUUAAGAAACUUUGAGUCCUCGAGUGAAUGGGCAGAUCUCAUAUCUUCCCUGGGCAAGCUCAACAAGGCUCUUCAGAGUAACCUGAAGUAUUCCUUGCUGCCGAGACGGCUCAUUAUCAGCAAGAGAUUAGCUCAGUGCCUGCAUCCUGCUCUGCCCACCGGUGUGCACCUAAAGGCCCUAGAAACCUACGAGAUUAUCUUCAAAAUUGUGGGGACCAAAUGGCUAGCCAAAGAUCUGUUCCUAUACAGCUGUGGGCUGUUUCCUCUUCUGGCAAACGCAGCCAUGUCGGUGAGGCCUGUGCUGCUUGGCCUGUAUGAGAAAUACUUCCUUCCACUGCAGAAGCUGCUCCUGCCCAGUCUCCAGGCCUUCAUCAUGGGCCUGCUACCCGGCCUGGAGGAGGGCUCGGAGAUCUAUGACAGAACUGAUGCCCUACUCCUGAGGCUGUCCCUGGUGGUCGGCAAAGAGGUGUUUUAUGCUGCCCUCUGGGGGAGUGUCCUGGUGAGCCCGUCCAUCCGCCUACCCGCCUCACUCUUCGUGGUGGGCCACAUCAGCAGGGACUCGCCCGGCAGGGAGCAGAAGUACAUGCUGGGCACUGAUUACCAGCUCACGGUCAAGUCUUUAUGCACAUCACUGUUGGAUUCAAAUGUUCUGGUGCAAAGAAAUAAUCUGGAGAUUGUUCUGUUCUUCUUCCCAUUUUAUACCUGUCUGGAUUCCAAUGAGAGAGCCAUUCCCCUGCUCAGGUCUGACAUCGUGCACAUUCUCUCAGCUGCCACCCAGACCCUACUGAGAAGAGAUAUGUCUCUAAACAGAAGACUUUAUGCGUGGUUACUAGGUUCAGAUAUUAAAGGAAAUGCCAUUGUGCUGGAAUCUGAAAUCUCAAGUUCUUAUGAAGACCAGUGCUUGUAUUUUUUUGAAAAAUAUUCCAAGGAUCUUUUAGUUGAGAGUCUGACUGAGAUAUUGCACCAGAAGUUUGCAGAUGCCGACGUAGAGGAGCACCACCACGCAUACCUGAAGCCUUUCCGCAUCCUCGUGAGUCUGCUCGACAAGCCAGAAAUAGGGCCUCAAGUGGUUGGGAAUUUGUUUCUGGAAGUCAUCCGGGCAUUUUAUUCUUACUGCAGACAUGCUCUGGGCUCUGAUCUUAAACUUAGCUACACUCAGAGUGGAAAUUCGCUGAUAAGUACAAUCAAAGAAAACAGAAACGCCUCUGAGAUCGUUAAAACGGUGAACUUGCUGAUCACUUCCCUAAGCACAGACUUCCUCUGGGAUUACAUGACGAGGUGUUUUGAGGAUUGCUUUAGGCCAGCCGAGCAGAGUUACACUGUCAGGAAGAGCAUCGGCCCUCCCCCAACGGUCUCGGAGCUCUGCACCCUCCUUGUUUUCCUUCUGGAUGUCAUUCCCCUGGAACUUUACUCUGAGGUGCAAACCCAGUACCUCCCGCAGGCGCUUGCCUGCCUGGUGCAGCCGCUGGCUGAGGAAAUGGAGGCUUUAAGCUUACCUGAACUCACGCAUGCCUUGAAGACAUGUUUCAAAGUGCUCAGCAAGGUGCAGAUGCCGCCUUCCUACCUGGACAUGGAGCCCGCAAGUGGAAGCUGGAGUCCAGUGAAAGGUGAAAACAGUGAAAUCGUUUUAGACACAAAGGCAGUGAUUCCAGGUGCUGAAGACACUUUAUUUCCUCCGCUCCAAUCGGAAGACAGUGGGAUCGGGCUCAGUGCCUCGUCACCGGAGCUCUCCGAGCACUUGCGGGUCCCCAGAGUCUCUCCUGAAAAAGACGACGUUUGGAAGAAGGGCGGGAGUAUGCAGAGGACAUUUCUUCACAUCCAAGAGCUAGUUGCCAACUUUGCCCACAAGAACAUUUUCAGAGUACCACUGAUGGCGUCCAGAGAAGAAAACAAGACGGAAGAGCCUGCAGGCCAGGGGCACGGGGGCAGGACGCAGGACAUGGAGGAUGGCGACUCUGGCGGGAAGAACUUGUGGGAAGCCAAGCCCAUCAGUGUGCCCCAGUUUAAGCAGAUGCUCUCAGACUUGUUCACCAUUCGAGGGUCUCCAUUUAAGACAAAAAGUUCAGAGUCGCCUUUGCCCAGUAGCCCUGGCCGAAAGAAAGAGGGAGACUGGGCUGUGGAGCAGGUGGCUGUCAACCUGGGGAGCUCAAGGGAAGGCUGCAGGGAGGCCUUUGCAGCCGCCUGCCACCUGCUGCUGGACUGUGCCACCUUCCCCGUCUACCUGUCUGAGGAAGAGACAGAGCGGCUCUGCGAAAUGCUCUUCCAGCUUCCUGGAGCCAGCAAUUCCAGUUUUCCAUCCUGGCUGAAAUCCCUUAUGACCAUUGGCUGCUGUGUGACUGACUGCUACCUCCAGAAUGUGGCCAUCUCCACCCUGCUGGAAGUCAUAAACCACUCCCAGUCUCUAGCGCUUGUCAUUGAAGACAAGACAAAGCGCUAUAAAAGCUCAGGACACAACCCAUUUUUCGGCAAGCUGCAGAUGGUGACAGUCCCUCCCAUUGCUCCAGGAAUACUGAAGGUCAUGGCAGAGAAAACAGACUUCUACCAGAGAGUGGCUUGUGUGCUUUGGAAUCAGCUGAACAAGGAGACCCGGGAGCAUCACAUCACCUGUGUAGAACUGUUCUACCGGCUGCACUGCCUGGCCCCGACAGCCAACAUCUGCGAGGACAUCAUCUGCCAUGCUCUCCUGGACCCUGACAAGGGAACAAGAUUGGAAGCUCUGUUUCGGUUUUCCGUCAUCUGGCACCUGACAAGAGAGAUCCAAGGCAGCCGAGUGACAUCUCACAACCGCUCCUUUGAUAGGCCCUUGUUCGUCGUGCUGGACAGCCUGGCCUGCACGGACGGUGCCAUCAGCGCAGCAGCCCAGGGCUGGCUGGUGCGGGCGCUGUCCCUCGGCGAUGUAGCACGCAUCCUGGAACCCGUGCUCCUGCUGCUGCUCCAGCCCAGAACCCAGAGGACCUCCAUUCACUGCCUGAAGCAGGAGAACUCAGCAGAAGACUUGCAUCGUUGGUUUCACAGGAAGAAAACCUCUUUCCAAGAGGCGUGUGGAGAGCCUGAGCCUCCGGAGGGCAGCUCUGAAGAAAGCAUGCCUCUGAGCCAGUUUGCCACUGUGGACCGAGAGGCCAUUUGGGCCGAGGUGGAGAAGGAACCAGAGAAGUGCCCGCUGAGAAGCGAGCUGAGCGAGGACGACCUUCCCUACUACGUGGACCUCCCCAACAGGAUGGCCAGCGGUGCCCUGGACAGCAGCGAGCACACCGACUCUGCAGACACGAGCUCUGCCCACACAGACAGUGAGACCACGUCCCCCUUUUCCUCACCCUCCCAUGACCCGCAGGAGCUGAGCAAUGAAGAGAACUGCUGUGCACCCCUCCGCACAGGUGGCAGGCCGCACCCCAAGCACACAGCCUGCCAGGCAGAAAGCUUCCAGUCCAGUGCCCAGUUAAGCCUGGCGCGUGUGGACUCAGACAAAACCCAGGCAUCGGAGUCGCUCUCCAGUGACGAGGAGGCCGACCUGGAGCUCCAGGCCCUCACCACAUCCAGGCUGCUGAGGCAGCAGCGGGAGAGGCAGGAGACAAUCGAGGCCUUGUUUAAGCACAUUCUGCUCUACCUGCAGCCCUAUGACUCCCGGCGAGUUCUUUAUGCCUUCUCGGUGCUAGAGGCCGUGCUCAAGACCAACCCCAAGGAAUUUAUCGAGGCCGUGGCCAGGACCAGCAUGGACACCAGCUCCACUGCGCACCUCAACCUCAUCUCCAACCUCCUUGCUCGCCACCAGGAGGCCCUCGUUGGCCAGAGUUUCUACGGAAAACUCCAGACUCAGUCCCCCAACGUCUGCCCUCACCCCCUGCUCAUCGAGCUCCUCACAUACCUGUGCCUGAGCUUCCUACGCAGCUAUUACCCAUGUUACUUAAAGGUCUCCCACCGAGACAUCCUUGGCAACCGGGAUGUGCAGGUCAAAAGCGUGGAGGUUUUGAUCCGAAUAAUGAUGCAGCUAGUAUUGGUGGCCAAGGCUGCCGAGGGGAAGAACGUGGAGUUCAUCCACAGCUUGCUAGAGAAGUGCAAAGUCCAGGAGCUGGUGCUGCUUUCCCUGGUGGCAUCCAUGCAUACGAGCCAGAAGCGCUACGGGCUGGCCACUGCUGAGCGAGGCCGGGCCCUGCAGGAGGACAGCCUCUUUGAGGAGAGUCUCAUCAACUUGGGCCAGGAUCAGAUCUGGAGUGAGCACCCUCUGCAGAUUGAACUGCUGAAGCUCCUGCAGGUGCUUAUUGUCUUAGAACAUCACUUGGGCCAGGUCCACGAGGAGGCUGAACACCAGCCAGACCUGUCUCGGGAGUGGCAGAGGUCCCUUAACUUCCAGCAGGCCAUCAGUGCUAUGCAGUAUGUGCAGCCCCACCCCCUCACCUCCCAGGGGCUGCUGGUGUCCGCUGUGGUGAGAGGCCUGAAGCCAGCCUACGGCUAUGGCAUGCACCCAGCCUGGGUGAGCUUGGUCACCCAUUCCUUGCCAUACUUUGGAAAGUCCCUGGGAUGGACGGUGACACCCUUCAUUGUCCAGAUUUGCAAAAAUUUGGAUGAGUUGGUCAAACAGUAUGAAAGCGAAUCUGUGAAGCUCUCUAUCAGCAUAACCUCCAAGAGGGAAAACAUUUCUCCGGAUUAUCCACUCACUCUUUUGGAAGGUCUAACAACUAUUAGUCAUUUUUGUCUUUUGGAACAAUCCAACCAAAAUAAAAAGACCACUGUUGUGAGUGAUCCUACCAAUCUGAAAAAUGCCAGGAAUGCCAUUCUGGAAGAGUUGCCUCGAAUUGUUAACACCAUGGCCCUUCUCUGGAAUGUUCUCAGAAAGGAGGAGACUCAAAAGAGACCGGUUGAUCUCCUUGGAGCCACAAAGGGAUCCUCUUCCGUUUACUUUAAAACCACCAAAACCUUACGACAAAAAAUUCUAGACUUCUUGAACCCCUUGACAGCCCACCAUGGUACUCAGCUAACAGCCGCUGUUGCCGCCGUGUGGAACAGGAAGGUUAAACGUCAUGGCAAGGUGAAGAUUGUUCCAAUAGCAAGUGCAUCCCAGCUAACCCUUGUCGACCUGAUGUGUGCACUCAGCUCCCUGCAGACAGACACAAUACUGCACCUGGUGAAGGAGGUGGUGAAGAGGCCGCCGCAGAUCCGAGGGGAUGAGAAAGCGCCCCUCGUGGACAUCCCUGUGUUGCAGUUUUGCUAUGCUUUCAUCCAGAGGCUCCCAGUAACAGCCUUGCAAGAGAACUUCCCUUCGUUGCUGGGUGUGCUAAAGGAGUCUGUGCCGCUCAAUCUGGCUCCCCCUGGGUAUUUUCUGCUCCUCAGCAUGCUGAAUGACUUUGUGACACGAACCCCCAACCUGGAAAGCAAGAAGGACCAAAAAGACCUGCAGGUCUGUGUGGGAAUAAGUUUAGUGGGUUGUCACUGUUCCAGGAGCACUGUCCAUCUUCAGCGGGGACCGUUGGAGAUAGAAGUUACUCAAAAAAUCCUAGAAGCUGUAGGGAACAUAGCUGGCUCUUCCUUGGAACAAACCAGCUGGCUCAGCAGAAACCUGGAGGUGAAGGCCCAGCCUCAGAUCUCUCUAGAAGAAUCUGAUGCUGAGGAAGAUUUGUGCGCAGAUGCUGCUGCCGCCAGUUCAGCAAUGGUGUCCGCAUCAGCCCCUUCGAUGUACAGUGUGCAAGCCCUCUCUCUCCUGGCAGAGGUUCUGGCAUCCCUCCUGGACAUGGUUUACCGGAGUGAUGAGAAGGAGAGGGCAGUGCCGCUCAUCUCCCGUUUGCUCUACUACGUGUUCCCCUACUUGCGCAACCACAGUGCCUACAAUGCCCCCAGCUUCCGAGCUGGCACUCAGCUGCUGAGCUCUCUGAGCGGUUACGCCUACACGAAGCGAGCCUGGAAGAAAGAAGUCCUGGAGCUAUUCUUGGACCCUGCUUUCUUCCAGAUGGACACGUGUUGUACACAUUGGAAGUCCAUUAUUGACCAUCUUCUGACUCAUGAGAAAACAAUGUUUAAAGAUUUAAUGAACAUGCAGAGCAGUUCUUUAAAACUGUUCUCAAGUUUUGAGCAGAAAGCCAUGCUGCUAAAGCGCCAGGCUUUUGCUGUGUUCAGUGGAGAACUCGAUCAGUACCACCUUUACCUUCCUCUGAUACAAGAACGCCUGACAGACAAUCUCAGAGUUGGACAGACAUCCAUAGUUGCUGCUCAGAUGUUUCUUUUUUUCAGAGUUUUGCUGCUAAGAAUAUCUCCCCAACAUUUGACUUCAUUGUGGCCAAUCAUGGUCUCUGAAUUAGUUCAGACAUUCAUACAGCUUGAAGAAGAUCUGAAAGAGGAUGAAUCAUUGAGAAACAACAACAAAAUCAAGAGAAUGAAAGUUUCAGUUGCAGAUGGAGAUGGGCCCUUGAUGGGGGAGAUACCCCAGAGUGAACUCAUCUUAUAUUUAUCAGCUUGCAAAUUCUUGGACACAGCACUUUCCUUUCCCCCUGACAAGAUGCCAUUGUUUCAAAUUUAUAGGUGGGCAUUUGUUCCAGAAGUGGACACAGAGGGCCCCUCCGCCUUGUCAGAGCUAGAGGAGAAUCACCAAGAAUGCAAACCCCACACUGUUAGGAUUCUAGAACUUCUAAAAUUAAAAUAUGGGGAAGCUAGCAGCUCUGACGAGAUAACCAUGAAGAGUGAAUUCCCUCUCCUGCGCCAACAUUCUGUUUCCAGCAUUAAGCAAUUGAUACCAUUCUUCAAGACUCUAAAUUGUGCCUUUAAAACCCAAAGUAAGCUGCCUGCUGACGCCCAAAGGCCCCCACCCUUGGGGUUCCCAGUCACAGGUAGCCCAAGGGUCUUGAAACAGCUAGAAGAAUGUGCUGAAUAUGAUUUUCUGGAACAUCUGGGAUGUUAGCCUAAUACAGAAUCUGUUUAAUCAAUUUACUGAUAGUUCCAUUGAAAACCAGGAUAUAUUCUAACCAAGAAAGGAGCCAGGAUAGCACCUUUUAAACAAGUCUUUUUUAAUUUUGAAAGUAGAUUUCAGAUAAUUUUCUGUUGGGCAACAAAACAGAUCUCCCUAAAUGUCUUGUUAUAUAUUUGGAUCUGAUUAUAUGUUUCUUCCUCAAUUUAUGUAAAGAAAAUAAAAUUAAUAAUAUCAUCUAACGGUAGCACAAGGUCUGUAAUAUGAAGUAAGGUCUCAAGAGAGUUAAGAGUUGUUUUCUUUGUUAAUGUAGACAUGUGGGUCUCAGUAUAGUCUCUAGAAAUUUAAACUUGUUGAAUAUUAUCUUUAACCUUUCACACAUGUUCUUUAAAAUGUUUGAUGCUGCAUUUUAAAACUAAAAUAUAUUAUUUUCUGAAACUGCCCAUUACCAUUGGCUGUGCAGCAGAGGUGAGCACUGGCAGAUAUCUCGGGCAUUUAACUCCUGUCCUUUAAAAUCACAUUUGCACUGUUUAAUCAUGUAAGAAAUACAUAGUUUUCAAAAUUGUGACAACUGUAACCUUAGUUAUGAGCCACAGUGCACCUUGCCAGCAGCACCUUCCAUUUAGCAUAAAUCAAUCAGUGUGGUAAUAGGGUAUUUAAUGCCUGAAACUACCGUCACGGAAACUCCCUGGUCACUUCCCAUUCCCGCUGCCCUUUCUGGGGUCUCUCUGCCACUCUGAAGACAUCGCUGUGCAUUAAAAUGAUCCCUUCCUAGGCACAGACUUCUCUAGCCUGGUGGCAUGUCAUCCUAUUCUUUCUGAGCCCCUUUGUCUUACGCAGCUGCCCUCCUUAGAAUCCUGGCUUGGCACCCCUCCUCUGCUGGGCACCUUAGCUCCCUGCCAAUGAGUGCAGUUUGCCUCCCAGACGUGCCUACCUCAUGUCCCCUUUUCAGCCAACAGAGCAUUACAUGAAAUCACUUUCCAAGCCAGAUGAUGAAACUAUCCUAAUGAGGACUCUCAUAUCCAUCCUUUCUGUAGACAAAGGUGUUUUGGAAUUUGACUUUAUCUGUUAUGCUUCUCCUGACAUCCACCUGCUUACCAGUUUGUGUGCAGUGCAGAAGUGAUAUGUGUCAUUAGCCCUAAUGUAGGAUUUGGGGAGCAAAGAACCAUUUGGUUCCCUAAGUGAUGGCUAAAAAUGAGAAUCAAAAACAACCACUACAUACAGGUAUUCAUACAAAUAUGUUACAAAUUAUAUGGAUAUUAUGUUUAUUUUAUGUGUAGAGGUUAUCUUUAAACUAAAAACAUUUGUAAGUUUGGUCAGUAAAUUUUAAACACUGAAGUGUAGAAUCAUAAAUUCUGUGUAACUUACAUUAUGAAUUACCUAUAAUAUAAUUCAAGUUAUGAGUCAAUAACCAUAUGCUGAUUGAUAGUUAAGAUCCAGGUUGUUGCGUAUGUUCAUCUAUCAGAAUUUACAACAAAACUAAUACUUAUUUAUAUCAUCAGUAUCUGUUGUACUAUGAAUGGUAGUUCUUCUGUCCUUAGAUUACAAAUUUUGUUUUUUUUUUUUUUUCUUCUCCCCAGUAUCUAAAACAACUUAAUGGUCUCUGAUAAUAUCAUAUGUAAAUUGAUGCUUUUUUUAAAUUUAUUAAAUAAAAAUAUCAAAAGACAGUUCAACAAUACAUCCCUAACACAGAACACUAGCAAAGUCUUAUAAAUGUGAUAUACAUAUAAAUCUUCUCUUUUGUCAGUAGCUGAGAGUAUAGGCACUCAAUUCAACUUCCUUGGGUUUGAUGCUCAGCUUCCCCACAUACUAGCCUGGGCAAAUACUUUGUGCCUCAGUUUUGCCAUCUACAAAAUGGGAAUAUUGAUGGUAAAUACAACUCAGGGUUGUAGCAACCAUCUCUGUGCCACCACUGUGCUCUGUAUAAACAAUUCGGAUCACACAUCCAUCCGUAAAGGAGCAUGUGCCCACACCAAUAUCUGUAAGCCUAUGUGUUACAUUAAUUUCCGUGAGUACCAACAGAUAGCACAUAUUUUAUAAAAGAGAAAAAAGAAAUUGUUUUAGACUCAAUAUGAGGAAAAGCAAUUAGCACUUCUGAUGUAUCUUACUCCCCAGCAGGGGCCCUUCUGCACCUCACUUUGGGGACAAUGGCUCUGACGCAGUCCUCCCUGAGGAAGUGAGUGCCGUGUGUCCCGCCCGAGGACCACAGGCCGCUGCGCUGAGGGCAAGCCGUGUGUUGGGAGAAGGGGGCUUGUCAAGGGAGGCCACCACAAUGCGAACAGAGCAGUGUCCUAGCACGUGCUGCUGCAGGGCUGUUGGGAGUGGGCGGUGGGUGUGGGCACGGCCUGAUCCCCACUGCUGACGUGCCUCACAGGGGCAGGCGUGGGCUGCUCAGUGCAUGGUGGGCAUGAUGCUCUUUCUCACCACAUCCCCCAGAGGCUGGAGCUGUUAGCCCUGACUGCAAAGCCAGUAGAACCAGGAAUCGAAACCUAGACCUGUCUGCCUCUAGAACUCCACGCCCUCAACCCCAGUGCUGUGAAAGUGGAACAGGAAACCCCAAAUGUUUUCUGCUGGUUGGAAGUGUGUGAACCACAGUUUCUGAAGCUACUCCGCUCACUUAGGACUUCCUACAAAACCCAUUCCUUCCAGGACCACAGCACAGAGGUGGUUCCUAGCUCACAAAAUGUAGUGAGGUAUGUCUUAGAACAAAUCUUAUUUUUCAGUAUUUGUAUAUUAUGCCCAGUUUAAAUUAGGAGUAGAAGUAGCUAGACUCUUGAGUCUGUACUUAAAGCAUUGACCAAACUACCUGGGGGCACAGGACAGACUUCUGUGCCUCUGGAAUGAAAUGCUCUGAUGUGAUACCGGGUAUCACUUGCAAUACAGUCAGACACAGACCGAUGAACAUGCAAAACCAAUAUUUGAAAGAAAAUAAUAUGAUUAGGAAUGGGACAUGGGCCAGCUGAGUCCAUCCAUCCUGCACUAAGAGUCAACUUGUGAGAAUCAUGCUGGUAUCUUACGUGCAUGAUCAUACUUAUAUUUUCUUAAGUUGCAUAUUAUUCCAUACUAUGGAUUCAGUCAGACUUUGUGCUGUCUCUGAAAUUCAGAGUGAAGGAAACUCCUUCAAACAUUUUUUAGGAUGGCGAUGGGGAUCCUGAGAUUAGAAAUCUGUCCAUUGCAGUUAGAAUCCAGCAAAGCAGCUAUGCUUUGCAGGGGUCCUGGCACUUGUGUGUGCACAAGAAUCCUCUGGAGAGCUCACUAACCCCCCCAGAGAGUCUGAAUCAGUGGUUGGGAUGACAUUCAGGAAUCUGAACCUGUAACAAAUUAUCCUCAAUGCCAGUGCUUCCUGGGCUGCUGGGAGAAAUAGUUUUCAGGGCAGUGCAGUAACAAGGAUGAUGGCUCUUAAGGGAACAAGGAGAAAGCCAGGAAGGCUGAGCUUAUUUGGUUACUUAUCCUAUACGGAUAGUUCUUUCCGGGUGGUUCUCCAUAUAAAUUGAGUCUACCUUAAACCAAGGGGUAAGGAAUUGGAUUUUAAAAUACCAUGGGUCUAGGAAAAGAGUGUGACAGUUAACACACUCAAAGAGGUAA